AUGACGAAAAUAACAGAUGCAGCAACGAGACAGGCAGUUCAAAGUGCCUAUGACGCCGUUAGAGCAACUGUUGUGGAAAGUCAAGAAAAAGAGUUACAACAGACCAAAACAGACCUAGUAAAUGCUUUCUUAAAAACGAAAAGUCAGGUAGGACAUUAUGCUGCAGAUGGAACAUAUGUGCCAGCUGGUGGAACUUAUAUACCAGCUGGUGGAACUUAUAUACUAGCUAGUGGAACUUAUAUACCACCAAACCCUCCAAGAGAAGCACCUGCACCAGGACUACCUAAAACAUUUACAUCGUCACAUGGACACAGACACAGGCAUGCACCAAAACCAACACAACAACCAACAGUUCAAAAUCCAGCACAACAACCAACAGUUCAAAACACUGCACCACAACCAACAGUUCAAAACACUGCACCACAACCAACAGUUCAAAACACUGCACCACAACCAACAGUUCAAAACCCUGCACAACAACAACCACAAACAGAGCAAGGACAUAAAAGAAGUAGAGAACAAGGAAACCAAGAAUUCUUAAAAAUGCUUAAGGAAAAUUAUGGUUACCCAGAUACUCUUGACUUUAGUGACAGAUAUAAAGAAGCUAUUAGAAAGUUCAAGGAAGGAAAUACUGACCCGAACCUAUUUAGCUUUAUGGUUCAGCACCAAAUGGGAUAUAAUUUCAAACCUGGAAAAUACAAGCUCGCUAAGGGAUAUGAUUUAAUAGCAUAUCAUCCAAAUGACAUGACUGAAUUUACUCCGAGAUAUUUGGUGUCAGAGCUAAAUGAUAAUUCAACUCUCUUCAUGAAACACGUAAAAAAUAGAGACGGAACGAAAGAAGAAAGGUUUAUGAGUCCGGAUGACUUAGAUAGGGAACUUUUUAAAAACGGUCUCGGAAUAUAUGAAAUGCCAGCAGAUGAGGUACAAGAAACUCCACAGGAAGAAGUUCAGAUACAACCAGACAUGGAAGAAAUAGUUCAGCAACAACAGCUA